GUCCAAUCGCACGAAACAAAACAUGGUGAACGGUGCCAACAGAGCCAGCCUAUUUGGCACGUUUUUCUCAUUAUUAGCAUGAUAAGUCGUGAUUUUUAUACGGCGGAACAAAUGCUAGAAGGUUUAUGGAAUGAGCAAACCCACCAAAGACCUUAAUUCUCGUCUGGAGGGAUUUAUCUGUCCAGCAUGUUUAGUUGACUUCGCUACCGCCUCUCAAGUCCAAGAUCAUUGGGUGAAGUUUCACUGCUCGAAGUCCAAUUCAACGAGUACCACAGCUUCAGGGCACAAUGACUCUAAGCCUCAUGAGUUCAAGUUAGUCUACUAUAAUGUCCCAGAGACUUGUAGAGUAUGUAGCAGUGGUGUUUUGAAUUAUGAGGGACUCUAUUGUGAAGUUUGUCACUAUGUAUGCCACAAGAAGUGUGAGGGAAUGGUAAAUUCAAAGUGUGGAAAGCGGCCUUCUAUGUCCAUUAAUGCAGGUUCACGUUCAUCUUUCAGCAUUUCAAAUAAAAAUGACAGUUACCAUGGAUAUCGACUGCCUAAAGUGCAAUCACCAAACACACAUAAAGGAAUUGUAAAACAUUUACGACAUAUUGUAUCAAAAGGAAGAGUACGACAUGUUGACAAAGAAUUUGACCUGGAUCUUACUUACAUCAAUGAUAGAGUUAUUGCAAUGUCAUUUCCAGCAACUGGACUGGAAACUACUUACAGGAAUAAUCUUCGAGAUGUUGCCAAAAUGUUACAAAGUAAACACCAAGAUAAAUAUAUGGUUUUCAAUUUAUCAGAAAGACGUUAUGAUAUAUCAAAGCUUAAUCAUCAGGUGCUGGAUUUUGGCUGGCCAGAUCAUUUAGCACCUCCAUUAGAGAGACUAUGUAGUAUAAUUAAAUCUAUUGAUUCUUGGUUGAAGAGUGACCCAGAUCAUGUAGUAGUUGUUCACUGUAAGGGAGGUAAAGGAAGAACUGGUGUAGUUAUAUCUGCAUACAUGCAUUUUAGUAAGAUAUGUUCAAGCCCUGAAGCCGCUUUGGACUGGUUUGCAAUGAAAAGAUUUUAUGAUGAUAAACUAGGAGGAGUUACACAACCCUCCCAGAGAAGAUAUGUCCAUUAUUUUAGUGAUUAUCUUGAUGGCAAAAUUAAACUUAGUUCUGACCCCAUUUUUCUUCACCACGUAAUUGUCCAUGGAAUUCCGAACUUUGAUGGAAAAGGAGGCUGUAAACCAUUUUUGCGAGUUUAUGACGGACUUAAGCUGAUUUAUACUUCAGGAGUGUUUUAUGUGACCCAGGAAGUCGAACGAAUAUGCAUCACUAUCGAGGGAGGACUGAUAUUAAAUGGAGAUGUUUUGAUCAAAUGUUAUCAUAAAAAUACCUUAUCGUCUGGAGGAGAUAUUAUAUUCAGAUGUCAAUUCCAUACAGGAGCAAUAAAAGAYUAUAGUUUAGUAUUAGACAAGACGGAACUCGAUGAGGCAUUUAAAGAUAAGCGAUUUGCAGAUGGUUGUCAAGUAGAAUUUGUUUUCUCUGCAACGGGAAAUUUCGUUUCUGGUAUUAAAGGUAACGAUCGUCUCCAGUCCAUUAUCAGACAUUCGCUGCAACCGAUAGAAAACCCAGACACAGUCCUUAUGAUUCCCACCGCAGAUGGACAAGACGAGGAAAACUGGGCUGAUAGUGAAGGAAGCUCUGCUAGUAACCAGGACUUGUCGCGUGCGAAAGAAUCACUUAACGCGAGACAAACUUCAGAGGAAAGCGGUCGCGGUUUUGGUGGACUCACUCGUAAAUACUCUGGUCCAUCUUACAUACCAGGACCACUGGAUGGAAGUCUGUAUGCACAAGUUGACAAGAAUCUAAAGAAACAAAUCCGUUCCUAUAGCUUGGACAGCGGUAUUCAAACGCGUGGAUCACGUGAUGCUGGUGUACUGGAUAAUCCUGUCUUGCAAAGCUAUAAAACUGGACCGCUGAUGCCCCAGGGAACCGCCACCUUGAACAGAUAUCAAUUCAGUCGUAAUUCAAACAAAGUUUUGUCGGACGGGGAUAUAACUAUGGAAGCUGAUCUUGGUGGGAACAUUCAUUCUAUAGAUAAACUACUUAAGGAGCUUGGUGAAUGCUCCGAUCUCUUAGAUAGUACAAUACAACAGAACAGGAAAGCAUCUGAAAGAACCGCUCCAAAUUUGACAUUUCGAGAGUUAUCGUCUGCUCCRAUUCGACAGAUUCCUGAACAGGACCAAGUGGGUUUUAAACCAACAAGUCCUAGUCAAGCAGGUUCUAAACCGGUUUAUCCACCAACGCCUUUACGAAGAGCAGCGAGUUAUGGUGCWACUGAACGCUACCUUGAAGAGCGUCACGGAGUGCCUGCAAAGGUGGCACGCACCAUUUCAAAUGAAAAUCGCAGUAAUAAUAGCAUAGGAAGCCCAUUUCCAAGUCCAAACUACACAAGUACACCAAGACCGCAAGGCUURCAAAAAGCACCUGCUUUACAGACACACACACGGCCAUUAUCGCCAAAGUUUUAUGCAACCCAAGUGGUUGUUCCUAGUAARACUACUGUUGGACGCGCACCAGGGAUAGUGGUGGAGAACGGUGGAGAACCCAGGAUGGAUGUCAGACUUGGAGUGAAUGGUUACCAUGACAAUGAUGUCGUCAUGGAGAAUAGAAUUAACGGUAAGGGAGGGGAGGGUGAUAUAAACAAUAACUUUCCAGAACAAAAUGGUGAUGUCGAAAACAAUGAAUAUAGAAAUGAGGAGGAUGAAUUUCCAAAGAAAGGAAACGUUGCAGCUAAAGUUGCCAUCUUAAAAGAAAUAGUUUUCCCUGCUCAGAUGCCUGAGGAACGCAUGCCUUACAAAGGCACGGUUCCUAUGCCAGGCCUGGUUGGAAAGUCACCAAAUGAUAUUUCGGACGAGAUUUCUAAAUAUAAUGCCAAGUCAUUGGCUGUUGGUGAAUUAAGCCACUGCGGAAAUACAUUAUAUCGUGGAGGGGCCCCACAAAAGAUCUCUGAGCUACACCCUGGCCCGAAGGAUAUGCCUGCCAAAUCAAUGGAUGCUGAAUUAGCUGAAAAACUCAAGGCAGCUAGGGAUAAAUCUGRCGUCUCUGCAGAUGAAGGUGAACAAACACUGCCAUCAACUGCAGAGAAUCUCGAGAAAGAAUGCUAUGACGAAGGCAUCGAUUAUAAACUACACACAGACARUCAAGGCUUUUUAACUGAAAGCCCUCAAGUUUUUGUCAGCAGYGGGCCUCAAGAGUUUAAUAUUGGACAACCAAUWACCUUUACAAUACCAACCGAACUUGAAAACAAACCAAAUACACGAGUAGACGAGGAUGGUUAUGCUGAAUUGGAUGAUAUACAAACAACACAGCAUUUCUCGAAAUUUGAACAAACAAAACCAAGCCCUAUUAUAAUUUCCAAAGAUAUUCACACGCAACCGUCGAUGGUAGCAGUACUGUCGUCAGAACCAGGACAAAGUUCGCAUGAAAACCAUGCGAUUGAUGGCAUUCUUUCUGAUAUAGCUGACAUUAAUCUUGCUAUGUCGAAAGAACAAGARGAAGAAAAUGGUGGCCGACCACCAWCCCCUCAAACACCUUCAUCGUCUGUAUCAGGACCGUUUGAUAACUCUCCUAGAAAGAAGCGUUCACCCUACCACUCAGAUAAAGGCUAUGGAUCUACAAAUAGCUUGUCAUCGGAAUCUUCUUCUAAUGAUGUGUUUCUUGAAAGUCCUCAACCGAUGCCUGGCGUCAAGUUUGAUAAAGAUACGUCACAGUAUUGGUAUAAACCAAAUAUAUCGCGGGAACAAGCGAUUAGCAUACUUAAAGAUAAAGAGCCAGGCUAUUUCGUGGUUCGUGAUAGUCAGUCGUUUCCUGGUGCUUAUGGUCUUGCUGUACGGGUUGCUGUUCCUCCUGCUCAUGUAUUACAUGGAGACCUCACAAAGAUCGACCUUCCCAGUGAACUUAUUCGACAUUUCUUAAUCGAAUCUACCAAGAAAGGUGUCAAACUACGAGGCAUCAGUAAUGAACCGGUAUUUGGGAGUUUAUCAGCGCUUAUUUUUCAACAUACGAUUACUCCUUUAUCUCUUCCAAUAAGACUUGUAAUUCCAAGUGAAGAUCUUCUUCCCAGUAGCAAUUUUACAGACAAAAAGGACGGACCUGCGUCACCGAAAUCUCCCACUGGAGAUACCAUGCAGCUGAUGUUCGUCGGUGAAUGUGGUGUUGAGAUGUUAUCAGGAAACUCAGCCAUACAAAAGACGGUAGAAAGUCUACUUGCUUACUCGGCAGAACCAAAGUUUACUUCGACCAGUGURAAAAUUACAAAGCAAGGCAUAACAGUCACAGACAAUGAGAGAAAAGUGUUCUUCCGAAAACAUUUCCCUAUGAAUAAUGUACUAUACUGUGGCAUCGAUCCACUAGAUCAAAGGUGGGAUUUAAAAAUACCGAGCUAUAAAGAAAAAUCAAGAACCUUUGGAUUAGUUGUUCGUAAAAUGGGUGAAAUUGGUAACGAUUGCCACUUGUUUGCUGAAAUGGACAGUGAUUUUCCUAUAAGUACAGUAGUGAAUAUUGUUAAYAAAUUCAUGACUGGGUGAGAUUAUUCCUCGUAGGAUGGUGACUUGAUUCAAUCUGCUAAAAGACUAAUAGACUUCUGAACCUUUUACGUCACUACUUGAUUUUCAGUGCAUUGUAGGAUUAGUUUAUAGAGAAAACAAAAGAAAUAUCAAACAUGUCCUACAAUGCAUUGCGUAUACAGUACAUGAUGUAAAAACUUCAGAUCAUAUCAGCCCGAAAGGAUAAUGGCCUGGGGCCGAAAUUGAUCCAUAAACCAAACCCAGAUCACUCUCAAAGCCAUACCGAGGAGUGAAAAUUACGACUUAUGGAAUCAGUCCGGCURUAAGUGAUGAAAUAAAGUCAUGGUUUUGAAGCGCUUUUUUGUGUUUUUCGCAGAUUGAACGAAGUCAUAGCCUGCGUCACAUCCGGUUUUAUUUGUCAAAUCAAAACCGGAUAUAACGCAGGCUAACGAAGUCACUAGAAUUAAGAUAUUUUUGCUAGUCAAGAUUGUAUAGGAUUGAGUAUUAAUCGACUGGGCAGCUUCCUCAGUUAAUUUUGUAAUGAACUUACAGCAGAAACCGUUGCAUCGCGACUUCAAAGUCCAAAGGAAAUCGUUGGGAUUUAGGUUUUUCUGUGGUUUGGGAGUGGAGAGAUACAAAUCAGCCAUUGACUGAACGAGUUUACGAAAAGCUCCGCCCCUCAGAUCGAAGGAAAGAACAAAAUCCAAACAAACUUCAAAACGAAGAAGUCGCUAUGCAACGAUUUCUGCUGUAAACUCGGCAUAUCUACUAUUAACAUUGUACAAUCUCGUACAAUUCUGUACAGACAAUUAAACAAUAUUGCUCUAUCUUUUUCUAGAUAACUGAAUAAACCCCACGAAUUGAAAAACUAAAUAAUAGUUUAGUAAUAUAAGUUUUUUUCAAUUGAAUAUCAAAUAAAAUAAUCAAAUAUUGAUGUAAAAAAGURAAAGCACAAUAUCUAAAUAAUAGUCAAUGUGUAGCAAUAGAAGGGAUAAAUAGCGACUUGUAUUGACUGUAGCGGUGCAGUGUUCCAGAUAAAACACUUAUACAUAAAAAGGUCUUUACACACAGUAAAAUAUAGAAAGCAUACCGACUUUUCGGGAAGAAAAGAGAAAAAAUACAGGUCUUUUUACUGCACCAAAUCAGGAACAUCAGUAAGCAUUUCUUCUUCAGUUUUUUUUAUACUGUGUAUAAUGUUGGUAGAAAUGAAAACUUUGGAUUUUGCAUCUGGAUCUUGUGGAUUCACUCUAAUAAAUCUCAGUCAUAUAAAAAUCAUUUUGCAUAGCAGGCCCUGUGCAAUAUGUAUAAAGCUAAUUAAGUAUCUGUGCAAGGGAAUGGAUAUUGUCGCACAUCAUGGAUAUAUGCUUGAAGAAAUGAUGUUGUUUUAAAAGUGAAUAGAACAGCGUACAGAAAAAUAAGAGAAGUAUCUUUUAAGGCGUUAUUAAUCGAAAUUCUUUGAUGUGUUGAACAUUCUCCUUGCAGUAAAUGAUGAGGUAGAGAGCAUGCAAUUUCAGUGCCGGUCUAGUUAUUCAAUUGCAAAAUAGCAAAGAAUUCAUUCAGACGUCCAUAGCUUGUUAUAUAUGGACUUCUGGUUAAUCCUUUCAAGUAGAAAAAAACCCGUGAAUUUUGAACUUGCAUUAAUUUGAUUAGUAUUUUGCAUUGUUCAUUAGACGCAAAAGUUACAGCAACUAUUGUAUCAGUCCAACAUCUCACAGGUUCUUCAACUUUACUUUCUAAACGGCCUGUUUAACUGGAAUCUCCUCUUUUCGCAAUUCUUUUGCAAGAGGUUCCACCAAGAACAAACUUGUAAAUUUGAUAGUUUGUCAUGUAAUCGCGCAUUUCUUGGGAAAACRUGGGAAUUUCCAGUGCACGAUAUAUAGCUAUUUCAAAUAAGUUGUCGGAGAGGAACGACCAUCGCUCGUCCGAAAGCAGUUGUGGAUAAUGAUUUCAAUGACUAAUAUUCGCUACUUUGCCACAAAACAAGGGCAAAUGAAACAAACAAUUUGUCUUCAUUUAAUGAAAACAUCGGUAAUUUUUGACGGCCUUUGAAAGUUGCCAUCUAUAAUUAAUAACAAUAGUAACUUUCAGUCGUUCAUUCUGAAUUGCCCGGGAAACCUUUUUGAAAUAGCUGUAAACCGACUCCAGGCCCCAAAUAGUCUUCUUCACGGUUCCCUGCUCCAUCUUGAAAGGCUGCAUCCUACCUUUCAACAUGGCGCAGGGAACACGAAGGAGACUAUUGUCUUCAUAUUUAAGGGUUAMUAUAGAUCCAUUGAAAUCUAAAUAUAUUAUUAUAAAUAAGACAUAUAUUCCUUAUAGAAUACCUGUACUUACAUUUUAAGUUGUAUUUGUAAUAAAUACAAUUUCAAGCAAUAAAACAAAAAAUUCACUUUC